UGGUUGGGGGCGGGUGGGAGAGUGAGAUUUCAACAUGGCUGAGCUUUACCAGGAUCAAAAAUGUUGAGUUUCUCUGUUUCGAGCCUCGAAAUCCACGGGAAAUGGCGAGAUUGGCCGAUUACUUUGUGGUUGUUGGUUACGACUCUGAAAAGACGGGCUCUGUUGAAGGGUCGGGGAAGAUAAUUCAGCGUUUUCCACAAAAAGACUGGGAUGAUGCACCAUUUCCACAGGGAAUAGAAUUGUUUUGUCAACCUGGUGGCUGGCAGCUGUCCACUCAACGAAAGCAGCCGACAUAUUUUGUGGUGGUUCUGACAGAUAUCGACUCAGAUCGGCACUACUGUGCAUGUCUAACCUUUUAUGAAGCUGAAAUUAAUUUACAAGGAGCUAAACAUGAUGAUACAGAAGGUGAAGACGAGGAUACAGGGUUAAUACAACCUGCACAGGUGUUUGCACCUAAAAGUUUGGUGCUUGUGUCCCGACUGGAUUACCCAGAAAUAUUCAAGGCUUGCCUCGGCAUCAUUUAUACAGUGUAUGUCGACAGUCUGAAUGUGAACUUGGAAAAUGUGAUUGCCAAUCUUUUUACAUGUUUGGUGCCCGUUGCUGGAGGGUCUCAGAAACUGUUUUCGUUGGGAGCUGGAGAUAGACAAUUGAUACAAACGCCGUUAUAUGAUGGUCUUCCUGUGACGAGCACAAGUGUAGCUCUUCUUUUUCAACAACUAGGUAUCCAGCAAGUGUUCAGCCUUUUCUGUGCUGUGCUCACAGAAAAUAAGGUUCUUUUUCAUUCAACCAGCUAUCAAAGACUCAGUGAAGCAUCCAGAGCACUGGAGUCUUUAAUAUUUCCUCUAAAGUAUAGUUACCCUUACAUUCCGAUUCUCCCUGCACGACUGUUGGAAGUGCUAAGCUCACCAACUCCAUUUAUCAUUGGUGUACACUCAAUGUUCCACAGUGAAAUUAAUGACCUGUUGGAUGUGAUCGUUGCUGAUUUGGAUGGUGGUACUGUUAAAAUCCCAGAAUGCAUUCAUCUAUCCCAGUUACCAGAGCCUCUCUUACAUCAAACUCAAACAGCACUUUCUCUUGUUAUUCAUCCAGAUCUAGAAGUAGCUGAUUAUGCUUUUCCUCCUGCUCGUACAGCUCCUUCUAAUCUAAGAUUGUUGGAUAAGGAAGUCAGGGCAGUUUUCCUUCGAUUGUUUGCACAGCUAUUCCAAGGAUAUAGAUCAUGCUUGCAACUGAUUCGAAUCCAUCCUGAACCUGUAAUAAACUUUCACAAGGCAGCCUUCCUGGGACAGCGUGGAUUGGUUGAAAAUGAUUUCUUGACGAAAGUUCUUGAUGGAAUGGCUUUUGCUGGAUUUGUAUCAGAAAGAGGGCCUCCCUACAGAUCUUGUGAUUUGUUUGAUGAUUUAGUUGCCUUUGAUGUGGAAAGAAUCAAAACUGAGGAGGGAAUUCCAACCAAAAUGCUAAAACACAUAAAAGAACUUGCAGAACAGCUCUACAAAAAUGAAAACCCAAAUCCACACAUGGCUUUUCAGAAAGUGCCGAAGCCAACUGAAGGUUCACACAUGAGGGUGCAUGUACUGCCAUUUCCCAAGAUAAACGAAGAUAAAGUACAGGCUCUUCUCCAGGAUGGUCUCUCGAAGCACCUUAAUUCGCCACCUGCUGUUCGAGUUGAGAAGAAGUGCAUUGUACCUGCUGGCCCACCAGUUGUGUCAAUAAUGGAUAGAAUGGGAUCCGUUUUUAAUAGUGCCCGUAGAUUGGAAGUUGUUCGAAACUGCAUCUCUUACAUUUUUGAAAAUAAAGUACUUGAGACUGAGAAGACCCUUCCAGCUGCAUUGCGUGCCCUAAAGGGCCGGGUAGCUCGGCAGUGUCUCAUACAGGAGCUAAGCUUACACGUUCAACAAAAUCGGGCAAUACUGGAUCACCAACAAUUUGACUACACAGUGAGAAUGAUGAACUGCGCUUUACAGGAUUGUUCAGCUUCUGAAGAAUAUUAUGUUGCAGCUACAUUGCUGCCACUGACAACAGCAUUUUACCGGAAAUUGGCAACAGGAGUUAACCAAUUUGCCUAUACCUGUGUACAAGACCAUCAUGUCUGGACGAAUCAACAGUUUUGGGAGGCUACCUUCUACAAUGAUGUGCAGAAUCAAAUACGAGCACUCUACCUCCCCUCAAGAAAUGAAAAUUUGCUAUCAAAUGUCAAGCAAAAGCUUAAAGAACCAGGACCGACAGAGCAUGAGAAAACAGCUAUGGACAUUGCAGCAGAGCAGCUGCGCUUAUGGCAAACACUCCACAAAGAGAAACAGCAGGAGCUGGAGAAAGGAGAGGAAAACACUGUGUUUAGCCAAGCUAUUCAUUAUGCCCAACUCAUGGUCUAUCUGCUGGUUCCUUUGGAUACAAGCAAAAAUAAACUGCUGCGAAAUGCUACAACAGGAGACUGGGAAAGUGGGAGCAAUAGUUUUGUCACCAACAGCAUUGCUGGCAGUGUUGCUGAGAGUUAUGACACCGAAAGUGGAUUUGAGGAUGCAGAAAACAAUGAUGUUGCCAACUCAGUAAUUCGUUUCAUUACUAGAUUUAUUGACAAAGUCUGUACUGAAAGUGGGGUCACACAGGAUCAUAUCAAGAAUCUUCAUUGCAUGAUACCAGGGAUUGUGGCUAUGCAUAUUGAGACUCUUGAGGCUGUGCACCGGGAAAGCAGGAGGCUUCCACCAAUACAGAAGCCCAAAAUUCUCCGGCCAGCUUUGCUACCUGGUGAAGAGUUUGUUGCUGAGGAAUUGCGUGUUGUUCUGGACUCAGAUGGUCGAGAGGAGGCGUCUGGAGGAACACUUGGUGGACCACACAUUCUGCCUGCAGAGGGGGCCUUAUUUCUAACCACAUACAGAAUUAUUUUCAAGGGUACACCACAUGAUCCCUUGGUGGGUGAGCAAACAGUAGUUCGGAGUUUUCCCAUUGCAUCAAUGACAAAGGAGAAAAAGAUAAGCAUACAAAAUCAGCUUCAACAAAAUAUGCAAGAAGGACUACAGAUUCGAUCAGCAACCUUUCAGAUCAUUAAAGUAGCAUUUGAUGAAGAAGUGACCUCUGAGAUGGUGGAGAUCUUCAAAAAGCACAUAAUGAAGUUUCGGUAUCCACAGUCAGUCUUCAGCACUUUUGCUUUUGCUGCAGGUCAAAAUGCACCCCAGAUAAUUUUGCCAAAACAGAAAGAAAAGAAUACUUCUUUUCGCACCCUUUCUAAGAAUAUUGUAAGAAGUGCAAAGAAGGCUGGAAAAAUGACCAUAGGUCGUCAGUACACAGUCAAAAAGAAGCCAAUUGUUUUGACAAUAGAUGAAAGAGGAAAUCGAUCAGGCUGGAAUGAAGAGGAUGAUAUUUCAGCUUCAGAUGAUGGCGAACUUCCCACAAGUAGCACUUUGAAAGCUUCAGAGAAGUCAACUAUGGAGCAGUUAGUAGAGCGGGCGUGCUUUCGAGACUACCAGCGGCUGGGUCUGGGAACUAUCAGUGCAAACUCAUCACGUUCCAAGGCAGAACACUUCAGGAUAACUGCUGUCAAUAGGAUGUAUUUACUAUGCAGAAGUUACCCUGGACUUGUGGUAGUACCUCAGUCUGUAUUGGACAGCAGCUUACAGAAAGUUGCACGUUGUUAUCGACACAACAGGCUUCCAGUUGUUUGUUGGAAACACUCUAAAACAAAGGCUGUCCUGCUGCGCUCUGGCGGAUUCCAUGGAAAAGGAGUUGUGGGUCUCUUUAAAUCCCAAAAUCCACACUCAGCUGCUCCUGUGUCCUCAGAAUCAUCAAGUAGCCUUGAACAAGAGAAGUACCUACAAGCUUUGCUGAAUGCAGUACCUAGCUUCUCCAGAAUGAAUGGCAGCAGCACGCUUACUGGCCAUCCCAAUGUCCUACUUUCUCCAGAUGCAGCCAUUGACAAGCGAUACUCUCGAGCAACCAGUGUUGUAAAGCAGGUGGUCCCAGCACAUUUGGAUGUGCAUCUUCCAAACAGUUUUACACGUGGAGCUGAGAACAUUAAAAUAGCGGUCAGAAUACUGAGAAAUGCGGAUCAUGAAGAGAGGAAUAAAGAAGGGAGUUUGAAUGCUUAUCAGAAGAACUUAGCAAAAACAAACGACUCUUACAUAUUAAAAUGUCCCAAAGAGCUUCAAGUUCUCGGGUAUAAGGACAAGCUGUUCACUCAUUCUCAGCAGAAGAACACUGUUAAAGGAAAGGUCUUCAAUCAAGGUAUGUGGGCCAGCUUGCGUUCAAGCAGUCGUUUCAAUACUCAGUUUUCAACCACUGAUGUAGGAGCAAGAUUAGCAGGAAAGGAAUCUCCUGUGACCAUUGGCAAUGACAAUUCUCUGCAGAAUCCACUUCUAAAGCACCAAGCAGCAUUGUACCUCUUUGGGGAAAAAUCUCAACUGAGAGGCUUUAAACCUGACCUUGCAAUUAACUGUGAGCUGAUACCUGUGGAUUACUGUGAUAUUCGUCAGGUGAAAGCCAGUUUCAAAAAGCUCAUGAGAGCAUGUGUACCCAGCACAGUUCCUAGUGAUGCAGACAUGACUUUGUACAGAUUACUUGGAGAAUCUGAAUGGCUAUUGCAGAUACACAGAAUAUUGCAACUGGCUGUGGUGAUAGCAGAACUACUUGAGAGUGGUUCCUCGGUGAUGGUAAGCUUAGAGGAUGGCAUGGACAUUACAACACAGGUGGUUUCCUUGGUGCAGUUGCUAUGUGACCCAUUCUACAGAACACUCGAAGGUUUCAAAAUACUGAUUGAAAAGGAAUGGUUGUCCUUUGGCCACAAGUUCAGCCAACGUAGUAAUCUAACUCCCAACAGCCAGGGAAGUGGCUUUGCACCAAUUUUCCUGCAAUUUCUGGAUUGUGUGCACCAGAUUCAUCACCAGUAUCCUAUAGAGUUUGAGUUCAACCAAUAUUAUCUUAAAUUUUUGGCUUAUCAUUAUGUGUCCAAUCGCUACAAAACCUUCUUGCUGGACUCUGAUUAUGAAAGAUUAGAACAUGGAAUUUUAUUUGAGGACAAGGUGGACAAACAAGCAAAAAAAGGUCUCUGUAUUUGGGAAUGCAUUGACAGAAUUCACAAGAAAGGGCCUGUUUUCUUCAGCUAUCUGUAUAGUCCAGAAGAAGGAGAGAAACAUAUACUAAGGCCCUGCAUAAAUAUUUCUGCUCUGAAGAAGUGGGAUUACUACACAGGAGAAACACUUUCCACUGGUCCUUCGUAUGAUUGGGACAUGGCAACUGUGAAAGGAGGUGUUACUGAGGAACAAGAACAGACAGAUGGUUCAGUUCCACAAACUCUCAGAAAAGUAGUGUGGCCAUGUUAUGACAAUGUCAGUAAAGUACAGCCAGAUGCCAUUACCAGGCUGCUUGAGGAGAUUGAAAGGCUAGAGAAUGAAGUGAACCAAAGUCCUGAAUGGUGGAAACCAGUUUGGGAUCGAGUAAAAAUCAACCUCAAAGAAGAUGUAAAAACAGAGCAAAAUAGAGCUGCUUCAUCACUCAUGGCAUCUAAUUUGCAAUCCUUUCAAAGAAGGUCUAUGCUACAUUUGGCAGACAAUGGGAUUGGUGAGAAUGAUCGGAGCACCACCACAUCACCGUCUAAUGGAGUAAAUACGAGGAGAGCAGCCACUCUAUAUAAUCAGUUUUCUUCAAAGGAUGUGGAGAACAGAUCAUUUGAAGGCGUACUUUACAAGAGAGGUGCUUUACUGAAAGGGUGGAAACCUCGAUGGUUUGUUCUCGAUGUCACUAAACACCAGUUGCGAUACUAUGACACUGGUGAAGAUACAAACCCUAGAGGAUUCAUAGACCUGGCUGAGGUUGAGUCUGUUAUUCCAGCAUCAUCAACAUUAGGCGCAUCUAAGCAUUCAAAUGAGAGAGCAUUCUUUGAUUUGAAGACAAGUAGACGUGUUUAUAACUUCUGUGCACAAGAUGUACAGAUUGCUCAACAGUGGAUGGAUAAGAUCCAGAACUGCAUUUCAGAUGCCUAACAAGAUGUAUUUUAAAAAGACCAGGUGGGAUUCCACCAGUCACGAGAUUAAAACUCAGCGCCACUGAAAUAAAUAAACAAGAUAAUAAAGGUGUUAAAGGAUUAUAUCAGUCAAACAGGUGAAAACCACGGAACGUUCAACAGAAGAAUCUGGCAAGCAGCUUCAGCAAAAGAAACUGGUUCUGAUAUCUUAACACAUCCCAUUGCGCUUUAACAAUGUGAAAUGUAAACUUCAGCCACUAAAGUCUUUAAUAUACUGUAAUAUAGUCAUGGAUCCUUUGCUUUGAUGGUCUUGCUUGCAGUUUUCAAUCAUUGACGUCUAGAAGCACUGUGGAUAGCAUGAAUUUAAAACUGUCCAAAUAACUUGUAAAUAACGUUUAUAUUGUACUUUACUGCACAUUAGUACCUAAAGCAAAAACAAAAUCUGUCGGAGCAGCACUAAAUCUGCAAACGACAUUGGAAUGUUUGCACUCGUGUGAAACAGAAAUUAGAGUGCAAUAACAUUCAUAAUUAAGAUCUGUUCUGUUUGUCAGUUUUGUAGAAUAUGUAUAUAAACAGACAAACGUUUUUUCAGCUUACCUUGAUAUUUAAAGAGGUUUUGCACACUAAAAAUGAGUAACCUUUUUUAAUUUUUUUUUACUGUUGAUAUUUUUUUUAAAAAAUAGUUUUGAAGGCUUUGUGUUAUUGCUCUACUGAAAACUUUAUUCCACAUUUUAACAAUUCCCAGCUAUAAACUGGAGACUUUUAUAAAUUUUAUGUAGCUUGUGACAAGUUUCUGUGGAGUCCAUGCAGCAUGUUUAUUACCUUUGUACUUUUCAAAGAAUUGUAUAUAUGGCUUAAUUUGAUUAUAUGUCUCUUCCCGGAAUUGCUGGAUAUUCAUAAAUCUAAUUUUAACCACUUAAUGUUUUAUGGAGCACUCAAAAAAAUCUAUUAAGUUCAUGUACUAAGUCAUAUGAGUUCAAAAGAAUUAUCAUGCACAGCUAAGGUAAAACAACAGGUGUGCCAUUUCACUAUGAGGCAUACGUCUACUAAAAUGUUAGCGUGAAUGGAUUGUCAGAAACUUUUUCACCAUUCCAAUAAUAUGACUUUGCUAAUGAUCUUCAAUUUGCACAUAACCUUGUUUUAAUUUGUCAAGUUUGUAUAUACCGUUCAUCUACUUUGUAAAAUACUGAUAUUGUCUAGUUCUUCGUUGAAUUAAAAGCAACAUCACUAAUUUUUUUCAA